AUGAAUUCAGAUAAACCACUAUCACCUGUAACGACUCCAGUCCCAAUUACUACCCAAGAAUUGGUUCCUAAUGAAUUCGAUGGAGCCGCUAUAGAUAGACAAUCAACAGGACGCAGUAGUAUAAAAUUCAAAGAAUCAGAUGCUGGUGACGGUACCAAAAGACAAGACCAAUACUUGCAUGGGGCUCGUUUAGGUCUUUGCUUCUUGUCCUUAUUCUUGUGUCUUUUCCUUUUUGCUUUAGAUCAAACUAUUGUUGUCACUAUUUUAACCACAGUUGGUAAUAAAUUCGAUGCAUUUUCAAAAGUCGGUUGGUUAUCCUCGGGGUUUUUAUUGACUAUGGCAGUUUUUAUUCAACCAUUUGGGAAAUUAUCUAUCAUCUUUGGUCGUAAAUGGACAAUGGUUGCUGCCGUUGUCAUAUUUGAAUCUGGUUCCUUGAUGUGUGCAUUGUCCAAUAACAUGAAUGUUUUAAUUGGUGGAAGAGUAUUAGCCGGUGUCGGUGGGGCUGGUAUCCAAGGUAUCUCCUUUGUUAUCAUUUCCGAAAUUGUUCCCAUUAAUAAAAGACCCAUCGGAAUGGCAAUCAUGUCAGUUGUUUUUGCAGUUGCUUCUGUUCUUGGUCCUUUAAUCGGAGGUGCAUUUACUUCGCAUGUUUCUUGGAGAUGGGCAUUCUAUAUUAAUUUACCUGUUGGUGGUAUUGCAUUGGUUACUUUCUGUUUAGUGUUUAGACCACCACUUCCUAAAGUUAGUUAUAUUCAAGAAUUGAAACUGUUUGACUAUUUGGGAACAUUCUUAUUAAUAUCCGGAUUUGUUGUUCUCUUAUUGGCAUUAACCUUUGGUGGAUCAGAAUUCAGUUGGGAUUCAGGUCCAGUCAUUGCAUGUUUCAUAAUUGGUCCCUUAUUAUUGAUUGCAUUCUGUGUCUGGAAUUUCAAAUUCUCCAAAAAUCAAGUCAUUGCUACUGAAAUUGUUAAAAUCCCACAAAUUGUUGCCUCAGUAGUAGCUAUUUCCGGUGUUUUUGGUGCCUUCAUUGGGGUUAUGAUUUACUGUUCAAUUUAUUUCCAAGUUAUUAAAGAUAAUAGUGCUAUGGGAGCUGGGUUACAUUUAUUACCAUGUAUCAUUUCAGUGGUUAUUUCUUCAAUUUUUGCAGGGGUCAUGAUUCAAAAAUUUAGAUAUGUUAAACCAUUUAACAUUGCAUCUGGUAUUAUUGCCCCAAUAGGUGCCGGUAUUUUAACAUUACUAGAAGUUGACUCUUCAUUCAGCACUCAAGUUGGAUUAUUAAUCCCAUUAGGCGCCGCUUGUGGGUUACAAAUGCAACCAUCAUUCAUGUCUGCUCAAAUAAAAGCACCAAAGACUCCAGGAGGGAUGAUUAUGACUACUAUUUUUCUCAAUUUUUCAAGAUCCAUUGUGGCCGCCCUUGCUGCCGAUUUAGCCGAUGCUGUAUUCACUACGUCCUUGACAAAUAUCUUUUCUUCCGCUGUCAAAUCGCCUACUCUUGAUCCAGAAAUCUUAUCAGAAUUACAAGGAGUGGAUUUGAGUGGAUUGAUGGCAAAUAAUGAAGUGUUGAAGCAGUUGAGUCCAGCUGCGGAAUUCUUUGUUAAAACGCAAAUGAUGAAAGCUAUCAGGAAUGUAUUUUAUAUGUCUUUGGGAUUCACUAUUAUCAGUUUCGUUGCUGUCUUUUUCGUCACCAAUAAGAAAUUACCUAAGGCAGUUGAUAUGGGCGAGAAAAAGAAGGAAGUAACAAAAGAUGAAGAAAAUCAAAUUGAAGAAAGCAUUGCUGAAAGUUCAAGGAUUGCUGCUGAUGAAGAACAAUCAGAAGAUACCGAAGAAAUCAAUUCGAUCGAAAAGACGAAGACAACGGAGAGACAAACUUCGCUUUAA